GCGGCGGGGCCUGCCCAGGUGCGGCGGGCGGAGGCGGUGGCCCCGGCGCGGCAGUGCCCCCUGUGCCGCCGCCAUGAGCAGCGCCGAGCCGCCGCCGCCGCUCGGGGCCGGGCCGCGGGCUCAGCCCGCCUGGAAGCGGGAGAUCCUGGAGCGCAAGCGGGCCAAGCUGGCCGGGGCGGCCGGAGGCGAGACGGAUCCCCCGGCCGGGGCGGCGGCGCGGGGCUCGGCGGCGGCGGCGGCGAUGGGCGAGCGGCUGGUGGUGGCCGAGAGCCUGGGCCCGCUCCGGGAGAACCCCUUCAUGCGGCUGGAGAGCGAACGGCGGCGGCUGCGGCAGGGGCUGCCCGGGCACGGCCCCGAAGCGGCGCGGCCGCUGCAGCAGCUGCUGGAGCUGUACAGCGCCGUGCCGGGCAUCCGCACCAUCCGCGCCGACAACAUCCUCAUCAUCGAGUCGCAGCCCGACGCCGCCGCCGCCUCCUGCUUCGCCGACGGGGACUCGCUGCCGGGACGCCGCCGGGAGCCGGCCGCCGCCUCCCCGCCGCGCCGCCCGGACCCGCUGCGGGAGCUGCUGGCCCGCCAGGGCGCCGCGCUCGCCGAGAUCCGCGCCGAGCAGGUCUUCAUCUACGAGGCGGCCGAGCCGCCCGAGGCGGCCGAGCCGGGCACCGUCAGCCGCCUCCUGGAGAAGUUCGGGCAGCGACCGCGGGGCCGCCGCCGCCGGGGCGGGGAGGCGCUACCCGGGCCCGCCGCCGCCGCCGCCACCCCCCGGGCCGGGCCGGUUUCCCCGCCGCCGGUGCCGGGCUCUCCCCGGGCCGCGGUUCCCCCGAAGGCGGGGCCGGGCUCCCCCCGCUCCUCGGCCCCGAAGACGGGACCGGGACCCCUGCCGGCGGUACCGGGCUCCCCCCUGCCCUUGCCGACCUCCCCCCGGGCCGCCACCCCCCAGCCGCUGCCGGCGCCCCCCCAGCCCCCGGCGUCCCCACGGGCUGCCGCCCCCCAGCCCCCGGCUCCCCAGGCGGCCCCGGUCUCCCCCAGGGCUGUGGCCCCCCAGGCGGUCCCACUCCACCCCCAGGCACCGCUGGCCGUCCCCAAAGCUGCGGCUCCCCAGGCCAACUGCUUCCUCCACAAGAUUGGCUCCAACUCUUUCACCGUGACCCCCCGGGGUCUGCCCCCCACCAGCCGUGUCCCUGAGCCCCCUGGCCGUGUCUCUGAGCCCCCUGGCCAUGUCCCCAAGCCCAUUGACCGUGUCCCUGAGCCCAUCAGCCAUGUCCCCGAGCCCCCCGGCCGUAUCCCCAAGCCCAUCGACUGUGUUCCUGAGCCCUCCGGCCGGAGCGCACCACCCAAGGGGCCAACAGUGCCAUCCACCAGCGCUGCCAACGCCAGGAGGCCAAAGCCGGAGGAGGCCGAAGUGGCUGUGUCGCCCCCACCCAGUGCCAGUCUGGCCCCCAGUGCCACCCAGCCGCUCUCUGCGUCUGCCCCCCGGGCUGGGGGCUCCUUUGAGAUCCUCCCGGCCCCCAAGCCUGACUUGGCUGCCAUCCCUGCUCAUGACCUGCAAGCGCAGGCCUUGGCCAAGCUGCGCCUGAAUUCGCGCAACUCCUUCGUAUUCGUGCCCCGGCGGGAGGGCGGCCCGGCUCUGCCUGCGGCACAGAGCACGGGAGUGAGGCCGCCGCCAUCCUCGCAGCAGAAGGUACAGAAAGAGCCCCCAAGGGUUUCCGCUCCGGAGCAGGAAGAGCCUGUUGCUUCCCUGCCGGCGCCUCUGGAUCCGUUGGUACCUGUGACUUACAUCGAUGACAUUGUGGAGCCAGACAGCGGGGAGCUCUCCCCCAGGGUCAGCUUGGCCACGAGGACGGGGAACUUGGUGGAUCAGCCUGGAGGAGCUGGCCCUGACCUGGAGAUGGAGUUUUCCUCUGUGCCCCUCUACAGACCUCACUCUGCCUCCCCUGGCCUCCAUCAGAGAGGAGGCAACACCUUCACUGUCGUGCCCAAAAGGAAGCCCGUUGCCUCGGGGCCGCAGACUCUUACUGAUGCUGGUGGAAGGCCUCAGCGGGAGGAAGAGGAGGAAGAGGAGGAAAGCAAAGGAAAAGGCAAAGCUGUGGAGAAUGCUGAUGGGCCCCAGGCGGGGUUGUCCCAUAAGAAGCGCUACCCCACUGUCAACGAGAUCGAAGUGAUCGGUGGGUACCUGUCCCUGGAGAGGUCCUGCAUGAGCAAGACAGGCUCCCGCCGCAAGAAGAUGAAGAUCUCCUUCAAUGAGACAAGUUUGCAGACCAUGUUUGAGUAUCCAUCAGAGAGCUCGCUGGCAGAAGAAGAGGAUGAAGAGGAAGGACAUGCUUCUGAAUCAGAGGAGGACAAGUCUCGCACCUUUCACAUUCCACGCCCAAAUAGCACUUUGCAUCCCAGUACACCUAACUCAGCAGAUCUAUCCAGCUACACCCCAAAGCACUCUGUAAAGUUCAGUGAGUGGCAGGAGCAGAAGUACGAGGAGAUGCCUGCCUCCGAGAGACCCCUCCUGAAGGAAGCUGACUCCCAUGGGAACCAAGUCAUGCUCACUCCAGCAGAGAAGGGCGGACUCUCCGACUUCAGCAGUGAGCCUGCCCUGUACUUCUGAUCGCUUCAUCCUGUAGCCUGCAGCAGCAGCUGCUGGACAGAACCCGUCAGUGCACCUCCCGAGACUCCACGCAAGCACCACCGAAAUAAGCUUCUGGAUCCCUCCCUCGUCACAAUUUUCAUAGGAUCCUGAUGCCAAGGGUGGACUAGAUGCCAUUGGGUGUCUAUGGAGAAUAUUUGCACUGGAUUCUGGAACCUAACUACUACUUUUAGGGCAUACGAUUUAUUCUACCUGUGGCCUUGCAUAUUCCUUGUUCAAGAUCAGCUGUCGAUUACACAAGCCUCUUAAGAACCCAUCUGUAAUACAGGAUGGAUGUAGAUUCUCCUAGUGCUUACCCGAGUCCGCUCAUCUAAGCACUGCAUGGGGUCUGGACAGCUUUUGGAACACUUCCUCACUGGGGUCCCUAACGAGAGAACAGUUAUGAAGGUUGAGCACUGGGAAGAUCUGGGCAGGUAGCUGGAUUCACAGAAGUGGUUGUGAUGUGACAGUGGGAUUACAGCGGGUAUCAGCUUGGAGAACUGUUGAAGGUUCGCGUUUUGUUCCCAACAUGUUUCUGGGUCUAGUUUCCCUGAGCUGUCAUGGAAUUAAUGUGCCAGUUAGAUUCUUGUGAAGGAAGCUGAAUGUAAGGGAUGGGAAGGGGAAUAAAUGCUUUUAGUUUUAGGUGUCACUUUUGCACUGAUCUGUAAAGAAGUGUCCAGUCUAGCUUGGUUUGAGCCUCUUGAAGAUUCCCAAACAUUGGCCAUAGCUUUGAUCUCUCUGUAAUUGCCUCUGCUGUCCAGUCUCUAAUAAUUGCUAAUUGUGCUUGUUUGCCAGUUCCUCUUGUUUUGUUCCAGAAUUUAAUGAGGCCAGGUCCACGAUUUAUUUGUCUUGGUGGGGUGUCUUGCUUCUUGCCAUGCUCACUCUGCUUCUCUAUGCAAAGCACAGAAGGGCUGUUUCACUCCUUUCUUCUGCAGAACUUGAACAAGGAAUAUGAUUUUUUUCUAGUGUUUUAUAUUUCCAUUGUAAAUGUUUAAUGCAGCCAAUAUGCAAAGGAAUCUGCUAGACUCUUCCAUUUAAAUUCUCUACUACUGUAAACUCAGGGUCAAAAUUGCACUCUGGAAAAGACUGAACACUGCUGCUAAUGUGAUUUGUACUUCUGAGAUUAAAAGAGAUGCGGUUGGAAUAGA